GUGAUGGGAUAGUUUGCAAAUUAAGUGGCAGGACCCGACUCUCCACAAUGCCUCUAAUCCAGUCAACAACCAUCUUCAGGCGUCCUCGAUAGGUUGAGACGCUGAGGAAGGGACAACACCUCAGCUAGACAGCGGAAAUCCCUCCAUCGCUGCUUUACAGGGCGUCUGGCAAUCAACGGACAGAACGAGGCUAAUUGGCCCUCGUAACCCAGUAUUAUCUCGGUAGUUACGGACGCCCACCGGCAGAACGCGGCGCGAGCGCCAUCUGUGCGCUUUAUUUUCUCCUAGUGGCUGAGAGGGAGGGUGGAGAGGGGAGUUUGAAUCUCUCCGCCCGCACAAUCUAUUCACCACCUCGGCUGACAGAGAGGACGCGCGGUGCCUUUUUCCUCCGUUCAUGGAUUUUACGGUUUCGCGCGGACGCACGGGACUCCGAUGGCUGUUCGUCUCAGCGUGGGCUCCUAACAUUACAGGCUCACUCCCAUGGUGAGUUUUUUUUGGCGUAGCUAACGGCAGAGCGUGCGAUGGCUGAGCCGCAGGCUUCCGAAUCCGUGGCGGGACCCUUGUACGAGCUCGGAGCGACCACUCCGACCCGGGACACGGCGGCGGCGGCUGCUGCGGCGCUGACCAUCAGCGAUACCUACCAGACAUACCUGGACGUGUCGGCGGCUGGACACCCGGUGUAUGGGGCCGAGGGGGUGUACUCUAACGGACGGUACAGGGAGCACAGCAGUCCGCGAGUCGGUACCCGGAACCGCGACAGUUCUGCAGAGAGGUGCACCGGCACUGGGAAUCCACCUUGCGGUAUUAUGAAGGAUGGUUCAAAACAGAGACAGUCAAGGAAGAAGACCGUCUCAUUCAGCUCCAUGCCAAGUGAUCGCAAGAUGAACAGCACAGCUGCCUGUAUGGCCUUCAUGAUGGAAGGCUGUGAGAUGAAGAAAGUUCGUUCUAAUUCUCGCAUGUACAAUCGUUACUUCCUGUUGGAUCCUGACAUGCGCUGGCUCCGCUGGGAACCAUCAAAAAAAGACUCUGAGAAGGCCAAGCUUGAAAUCAAGAGCAUCAAAGAAGUUCGAUUGGGAAAGAAAACACCUGUCCUACGCAGCAACGGACUCUCGGAUCAGUUCCCAGAGGAGUGUGCAUUCUCGAUUAUAUAUGGUGACAACUAUGAAUCCCUUGAUCUGGUUGCAAGCACUGCAGAUGUGGUUAGCACCUGGGUGAUGGGACUGCGGUACCUGGUCUCAUAUGGGAGGCAUAUGGUGGGUGUAGCAGAACCUAGUCAACCUAGUGUACGAACGUCAUGGAUUGGGUCCGUGUUUGAUCUAGCUGAUCCAGAAAGGCAAGGACACAUUGACCUAUUCCGGGCCACCCAAAUCAUAAAGGGUCUCAAUCCUGGCAUGAGAGAGUCUCGCAUCGAACUGAAGUUCAAAGAGCUACAAAAGGCCAAGGACUGCUAUGGUGAAGGCAUUGAUUUAGACACAUUUGUAGAGGCAUACUGUGAACUGUGCACACGCUCCGAGAUCUUUUUCCUGCUGGUGCAGUUUUCCAGCAACAAAGAAUACCUGGACUCUAAAGACUUGAUGAUCUUUGUGGAGGUGGAGCAGGGAGUGGAGGGUGUCACAGAGGAAAUGUGUCGGGAGAUUGUGCAUAAGUACGAACCCUCUGCUGAAGGACGUAAUAAUGGCUACUUGUCCAUAGAUGGCUUCACACACUACCUCCUGUCAUCCGAGUGCCACAUUUUUGACCCGCAGCACAAGCAUGUUUGUCAGGACAUGACGCAGCCCCUUUCACACUACUACAUCAAUUCUUCUCACAAUGCCUCACUUUUAGAAGAUCACUACUGGGGCUCUUCUGACCUCAGCAGCUAUGUUCGAGCACUGCGAAUGGGUUGUCGAAGCCUAGAGGUUGUAGUCUGGGAUGGUCCUGACUGUGAGCCUGUGGUCUAUGUUGGAAGCUCUGUUGCAUCCCAGCUGGCCUUUUGUAAAAUUCUUGAUGUCAUUAACCAGUAUGCCUUUGAGAGUUCAGAGUAUCCACUAAUCCUCUGUCUUGUCACACAUUGUAGUGUUCCCCAGCAGAGAGUCAUGGCUCAACAUCUGAAGAAGAUUCUUGGAGACAAACUGCACAUCGAGUCUCCCAAUCUGGAGGACCACUAUUUGCCCUCCCCUGAUAAACUCAAGGGAAAGGUACUCAUUAAAGGGAAGCGCUUGCCAACAGAUUCACAAGACUCUGAAGGAGAGGUCACAGAUGAAGAAGAAGGUUUUGAGAUGUCCAGGAGAAUGAUGGGUGUAGAUGAUAAGGAUCACCUUAACGGGAUUGGCUGCAAACGAUUACGACUCUGCAAGGAACUUUCUGACCUAGUCACCCUUUGCAAGUCCGUUCAGUUCCGUGACUUUGAGAUGUCAAAACGCGAACAGAAGCAUUGGGAGAUUUGCUCCUUUAAUGAGGUUGAUGCCAACCGCUUUGCCAAUGAGUUUCCAGAGGACUUUGUCUCUUACAAUAAGCGGUUUCUGUCACGGGUGUACCCUACACCCAUGCGCAUUGAUGCUAGCAACAUGAAUCCACAGGACUUCUGGAAGUGUGGUUGCCAAAUUGUGGCUAUGAAUUACCAAACUCCAGGUUUGAUGAUGGAUUUGAACCUUGGCUGGUUUAGGCAAAAUGGCAACUGUGGCUAUGUCCUGCGUCCUGCUAUAAUGCGUGAAGAGGUGUCCUAUUUCAGUGCCAAUGCUCGUGACUCGCUUCCUGGAGUCUCAGCACAGCUCCUUCACAUUAAGGUGAUCAGCGGUCAAAACCUACCAAAGCCUCGAGGCUCUGCUGCUAAAGGAGAUGUGGUAGAGCCAUACAUCUAUGUGGAGAUCCAUGGAAUCCCUGCAGACUGCGCAGAACAACGCACAAAAACUGUCUCGCAGAAUGGUGACAAUCCAAUAUUUGAUGAAAGCUUUGAGUUCCAGAUCAACCUCCCUGAGCUAGCUGUUUUGCGGUUUGUUGUCCUUGAUGAUGACUACAUUGGCGAUGAAUUUAUUGGCCAGUACACGAUUCCUUUUGAGUGCCUGCUUCCCGGUUACCGGCAUGUACCACUGCAGUCACUUACAGGGGAGUUUUUGCCCAACACCACGCUGUUCGUUCACGUUGCUAUUACAAACCGACGAGGUGGGGGCAAGGCCCAUAAGAGGGGUCUCUCUGUGAGAAAGGGCAGAAAAGCAAGGGAAUACACCUCUACAAAGACCACAGGGAUCAAAGUGGUAGAUGAGCUCUUCAGGGCGUCCACCCAGCCACUACGAGAAGCAACAGACCUACGGGAAAAUGUACAGAAUGCCAUGGUGUCGUUUAAGGAGCUCUGCGGACUGACUCCGGCAGCUAACAUGAAGCAGUGUAUCCUGACUGUGUCGUCCUGGCUGAUGAACAGCGAGCGAGUGCUUCGCGUGACGGUAGAUCUGAGCGAGGCCUAUCCCACCAUGGAAGCCCACGGCCCCAUUCCUGAGCUGCUGCGUAAAGUGCUCACCGCUUAUGACACGAUGAUCCAGACGAGUCGCACACUGAUCGAAUCAGCCGAUGGCGUGUACUCAAAGCUCACACAAGCACAGAGAGCAGGAUUGGACUUUCAUGAGGAUCUGCAUCGAAUCGGAGCGAGAGAAGGACUGAAAGGGCGGAAGUUACAGAAGGCCAUGGAGAGUUACGCCUGGAACAUCACUGUCCUGAAGGGCCAGGCAGACCUGCUGAAGCAUGCGAAAGGAGAAGCGAUGGACACACUGCGUCAGAUUCACUGUGCUGCUCACUCGUGCGGUUUGGCCAAGAACGGAGCCUCCACGUCCCCCGCUUCGCCUCUCCUGCCACCCCUUCACCCGCGGCCCCUCCACACCAUCCACGAGACGGAGAGCGACAGCACCACCCUGCACUGAGAGACAGAGAAAUCAGCUUUUCGCUUCAGGUUCUGUUUGAGCAGGGAAAGUGUUGAGUCGGUCAAGAACACACAGGAGAGAUACUUUAACUUUCAGCACUGCGCUUCACUCUCUUUUCUUCCCAAAUCUGAAAUGCCCUUAAAGGGACAGUUCACCUAACAAUAUGAAGAUUCUGUCAUCAUUUACUCUUGAUUUACUUGUUACGAAUAAUUUUUUCCUUUUCUGUUAAACACAAAAGAAGAUAUUUCGAAGAAUGUUGGAAACCUGUAACCAUUGUCUUCCAUAGUAUUUGUUUUUCCUACUAUUGAAGUCAUUAGCUGUUUUCAUCCAAAGAUGCGAAUAAGAUUAGCAAAACUAGAAAAUUCACAUAAAAGAUAUAUGACAGUAUUUCUCAACCACAUUCCUGGAGGACCACCAGCUAAGCACAUUGUUCAUGUCUCUUUAACAGCUCCUAAGCAGAGACUGAAAGUAAUGAGUGUGACUAAGGAGACAGACUAAGGCAGGGGUGUCCAAACUCGGUCCUGGAGGGCCGGUGUCCUGGAGAGUUUAGCUCCAACCCUAAUCAAACACACCUGAAGCAGC